UAACAAGUAUAUGAAUGAGAGUUUAUGUUUUUACAUAAAUUGUUUGUUAAUACACCGCAUAAAUAUAGGAAUCUUUGAGAGCAUAUUGGAACAUUUUCGUAAUUGACACGAUUUUUAUAUUAGAAUUGGUCGAUAAAAAUAAAAGAGCGAUAAAUAAAAAAAUGUUACAAGAUUAUGAAUUUUUUGUUCGUUUGUGCGAGAAACGUGGAAUUUUCUCGAUUCCUGAAAUUUUAGAUGCGAUCAAAGUUAGCAGUAUCACUGGGGAGUUACAAUUGUCUUGCCUAUCAAUAAUAAUACCAGUUUGCGAGAUUAUAGCGCAGACAUUAGUAUCCAGCUCUAAGAUCAAAACACUCGAUAUAAGUGACUGCAUGUUGCUACCUAAGGGUCUUGACAGUAUCUUGAAUGCAUUCUGCGAGGGCACUGCUGUGACAAUUCUAAAAUUGAAAGGCAAUAAUGUGAAUGGGCCCUCCGUUGCCCAAUUAGGGCGGGUUCUUGCAUACAACAAUACGCUCAAACAAUUACAUAUAGAAUGGAAUAGUAUAGGAUCACACAUAGAUUCAUUUGCUGCUUUCUGCGAUGGUUUAACUAGAAAUCACAAUAUUGAACAACUCGAUCUUAGAUACAAUCAAAUAUCAUCACACUGUGCUGAGCAUCUCUGUAAAAUGAUACAUCGGAACAAGGUUUUGAAAAGCAUUGACUUGUCCUGGAAUAUAUUAGGCUUGCAAGGCGGACACCUGCUAUUAAAAGCAAUAUGUGAGAACAAAUUUAUUACCAAUCUUGUUCUAUAUGGAAACUGCAUACCCGAGGACAUCACAUUCGCAAUUGAAAAACAGCUACGAGAAAAUCGUCAUAGAUAUUCCAUCACCGAAAUCGCUUUAUCUGUCGAUGCAAAAUUCAUGCAUUUUCCGAUGGGAACAAUGGGAAAGGACUUUAUAAUGUCAACAUCAAGCGAUCUUGAAACUGCUCAUUCAGAGCAAAAGCAACUAAUGCUGCAUCAAAAAGAAAAAGUCAAGCCUGAGAUUUUACAAGCAUCUGCAGAUCUGGAGAUUAACGAACGAAUUAAUCCUUCAGAAAUAAACUCGAAAAUAAAUACAGAAUUGGAAGACAAUAACAACAAUUCGAAUAUACGCGUAAAUAUUUCCUCAAGAAAUCACGAUAACAGGACAAUCGAGACAGAUGCCAAGAUUGCCGAUCUCGGUAAAAUGCUACAGGAACGUACCGCAAUAAUCGAUUUGUUGAAUGGUGAGCUCAUGAUAAAAAUCGCAGAGGUGAAUGAUAUGCGGGCACAGCUAAGCUUGUUGCAGACUGAGAUUAAUCAAUUGCAGGAGGAGAAGGAGAAAUUUGAUUUGGAUAAAGCAAAGGAAAUUGCCGAAUUACGGAAGAUUCAUAAUGAAGCGGAGAAAAACUGGCAAAAGAGUUAUGAGAAUUUGAAGAACGAUUAUAAUGAAUGUUCGCAAUACAAGAAAGGAACAAAUUCUAAGAUUCGACAGUAUGAAAGAGAAAUUCACAAAAGCAUGUUGAAGAUUGGCUUACAAAGGGAUAAACUCGUGUCUAUUAUGAAAGCGUAUGAAGAUUUGUUAUCGAGGAAUAAGAUUGAGAUGCAUUGUCUGAGAAAAGCAUCCAAAAAGCGUGAUAAUAAACAUAGAGUCGAACUCAAUAUUCUAAAAAACACACUAAAAGAGAUUACGCAAGCUUUCAAAAUUUGCCAGACCAAAUUACAUAAAAGUAUAGGAGAAUCGCACGAUUUAUGCGAAAAACAAGGGCUUUUAAAGAUUAAAUUAGACGACGCAGAACAAAAAAUACUCAGGUAUGCAAAACUGGAAAAAAGUUAUCAGAAGAUAAAAGAGGAGAAGAACACAUUAGAGAAAAAAUUGGCUGAUUCCCAAAGAAUUGUGUCUUUCUUGCAGCGCCAAGUAGCAAGUUUUCAGAGCGAGCUGAUCGAAUCUCAAAGACGUUACAAUUUGCUUAAAAAUGAGCUUGAUCAGGAAAAACGGAUAAGCAAGACGUUAAAACAAGAACUUUCCGAAGAAAGAGCAAGAUUAAAAGAUCAAAAUCUUCAAAUGGGAAAGAUGAAUCAACAGAUCACUGCACUGAAUAUGCAAUUGAACGAAGUUCAAAUUAUUCAUACUGAAUUACUCUGUGAUCGCGAUAGAGAAAAAAAACAGCUCCAAGACAUUAUUUCCAGCAAGGAACGCAAUCUCUCGGAGUUACGCGUCGAGGAAGUUCAAAGAGCUGGACAACUUUAUGCAGCUUUUAGCAAAUAUCUGAGUUCCAUAAAUCCAAAUCCAAUUUUGUGAUUCUUUUGAAGCAUUAAUAUAUUAUUUAUUUUUAUAAAGAUGAAUGAUAUAACAAUAUAUAAUAUCAUCUAUAAAUCGUACAUAGACAAAUUUUACGUUUUUGGCAAUUUUUGGUUUAAGUAUAUCGAUACAUCUGAUACAUUGGUACAUUAUAAUUAAUAGUAAUAUUAAUAGAAAGAAUAAUAAUAAGAAAUGUGUAUAUUUAAUAAUAAGAAACAUAUUAAUAUAUAAUUAUGAUGAUUUACAUAAUAAUAAAUACCCAGAGAUUGUUACAGGUUACCACAGAUAUUAUUAUGUUCGUUUUAUUUCUGUUUCGUGAAAUCUUUCAAUCCGCAUUACAUUAUUCCGCUGAAUGGAUUUACAUCUUCUGUAAGAUUUGCUGAUUGUUUAACAUAAGAAAACCCCUUUGGCUUUUAAACUGUCAAUAUUUAUUUAUUAUUAUAAAUUAUGUCAAUUGAAAAAAAUUUGAAACAAUUUAAAUAAUGUUUUGCACAGAAUAAUAGUUCAGUGAAAUUUUAAAAUUUUAAAAAUAUCAAUAAAAAUUUUAUAAUUAUAAAUUAUUUUAUAAU